UGGCACUCGGGGCUCUGGGCUGGGGACAGGGUGGGCAUCGGGCACAGCUGGGACUCCAUGGGCUGGGAGGUUUUUUUUCCCAGCCUAAAGGAUUUGGGGAUUCUGUGUUUGUGCCCUCGCAGAGAUGCAUAAAGCACUGCCCUCAGUGCUGGCUGCUGCUGGAGGGGCUGCUCCAUCCCUGGGCUCAGGGAAUGCCAGGCUGUCCUGGAGGGCUGGCACCCAGGGGUCCCACAGCUGCUCCAUCCCUGGGCCCAGGGAAUGCCAGACCCUGCUGCAGGGCUGGCACCAGGGGUCCCACAGCUGCUCCUCUCCACUGCAGGGCUCGGGAUGGAUUUCCUGACGCUGUUCCUGCUGUACCUGUGCUCCCUGCUGGCUGUCGCUGCCCUGCUGUGCCUCUGCUCGGGGAGCAGGGAGAGCUUCCUCGCCAGGAGUGUCACCAAGGCCGGCCAGGUGUUGUCACAGGUGGUCCCCAGCCAGCUCCAGAGGGUGACGCACCGGGCACUGCACAGGCUCUUCCACACGAGGAGCUGUUUGUUUGUGGUGCUGCACGUAGCCCUGCAGGCUGCAGUGUUUGGGGAGUACACCUGGGAGGUGUUUGUGUACUGCUGGGAGCUGCAGUUCCAGCUGCCCCUGCUGCUCCUGCCCUACCUGCUGCUGGCCGCCAACCUGGGCUGCUUCCUGCUCUGCUCCCGGGCCAACCCCGGUACGGUGACAAAAUCCAACGCUGCGUGCCUGGCUAAGGUCUAUGCCUACGACGGGGUGAUGUUUCAGAGAGGCCUCGUGUGUCCCACGUGCGCCGUGCAGAAACCAGCCAGGUCCAAGCACUGCAGCGUGUGCAGGACGUGCGUGCACCGCUUCGACCACCACUGCGUGUGGGUGAACAACUGCAUCGGGGCCCGCAACGCCGGCGUGUUCCUGCUGUACCUGCUGUCCCUGACGGCCACCGCCGGCGCCGUGGCUGCUGUCACUGCUGCCUUCCUCCUCCAGGUGCUGCUGCUCUCCAACAGCAUGCACGGCACCUACCUGGACGCCCAGGGACAGGAGCGCCCCGUGGGGAUCCCCCUGCUCGUUCAGCACCUGUUCUUGACUUUCCCUAGGAUUGUCUUCAUGCUGGGCUUUGUCAUCCUGCUCACGCUCGUGCUGGGGGGAUACUGCUCCUUCAGCCUGUACUUGGCCCUCACCAACCAGACCACCAACGAAUGGUGCAAGGCCCGAAGGCUUGGGGGCUCCCCCCAUCUCCCCUCGCAGCCUCAGGGCCGACCCCUCGUCCACAGAAACAUUUAUUCUAAAGGGAUCUGGAGGAAUUUAAAGGAAAUCUUCAACCCUCCUACCGUGUCGGAAAGGAAGAAGAGAACAUGAAGGUAUUAUUGUU